CACAUGCAGUCAGUGACCUGAGUCGCAGAUAAUAAAACCUGCUUUUAAACUUAACUGUCUCGUUCAUCCGCUGCUUCCCCAGACUGUGGCUGCGGAUCAGCCGCAUCAUGUUGUGUGUGAGGCCGCUGCGGCUGCUCUCCAACUCCGUUCAACUCCUGAGGAACCCAGAAGCGGCGAGGAAGACACUGGACAUCCAGGCAGGAGCAGCAGGAGCAUGUUGCCUGAGCUCCAGAUCCUCCACUGCUCACAUUGAUCAUCAUGUCAAAGUGGAUGUGCAGUCGCGGCCUCUCAGCUCCGGAGUGGACGACAUGCUUUUCUACGCCAUCACAGAGGGAAAGGACCAAGUUCCCAUCUCGCACUUUACCUCAGCCCUGAGGAGAACCGGCCUCCAUCCGUCCGACCCUCGUCUGAAGGACUGCAUGGAGAAGCUUCGACAGGCCGUGAAUGACUCUGCUGGUGAGGCCAUGAUGGACAGAAAACUUUUCCAGAGAUGUGCUGGUGGAAACAUCGUCCUGCUGAUCCAGGCCUUCAGGAAGAAAUUCAUCAUCCCCGAGUUUGAUACAUUCGCACAGAAAAUAAAUGAAAUCUACAAGAGAGUAGGAAAUCAAACUGAUGGGAAGGUUGCAGACUACAUCCCCCAGCUCGCCAAAUUCAGCCCAGAACUCUGGGGCGUGUCUUUAUGCACAGUGGACGGCCAAAGACACUCGGUGGGUGACACCAAGCAGCCGUUCUGCCUGCAGUCCUGUGUGAAGCCCCUGCAGUACGCCAUCGCCGUCCACCAGGCGGGAACAGAGAAGGUUCACCAGUAUGUGGGCAUGGAGCCCAGCGGACUCAAGUUCAACAUGCUCUCACUCGAUGAUGAAGAUAAGCCCCACAACCCGAUGGUGAACGCUGGGGCCAUAGUGAUCAGCUCUCUUAUCAAGCCUUGUUCAAAUAAGGCCGACAAGUUUGACUAUGUUAUGGAGUUUGUGAAGAAGAUGGCCGGCCAAGAAUAUGUUGGAUUCAGCAACGCCACGUUCCAGUCAGAAAAGGAAACGGGCGACAGAAAUUUUGCCAUCGGAUAUUACAUGAAAGAGAAGAAGUGUUUUCCACCAGGAGCAGAUAUGAUCGAUGCCCUAGAUUUCUACUUCCAGCUCUGCUCAAUCGAGGUGACGUGUGAAUCCGGGAGUGUCAUGGCGGCCACUCUAGCCAACGGGGGAAUUUGUCCGAUCACAGGAAAACUAGUCCUGAGUGACGAGGCUGUGAGGAAUACUCUGAGUCUCAUGCACUCGUGUGGCAUGUAUGACUUCUCUGGACAGAUGGCGUUUCACGUGGGCUUACCGGCCAAGUCGGGCGUGUCUGGUGCGAUACUGCUGGUGAUUCCCAACGUGAUGGGAGUGAUGUGUUGGUCUCCUCCACUGGACAGAGUGGGCAACAGCGUCCGGGGAAUCAACUUCUGUGAGGAGCUCGUGUCGCUUUUUAAUUUCCACAAUUAUGACAACUUGAGGCACUUUGUGAAGAAGCAGGAUCCUCGCAGGCAGGACGGGGACGACAGGAACAAGUCUGUUUUCAACUUGAUGUUCGCUGCCUACAGUGGAGACGUGUCGGCCCUGAGAAGGUUUGCUCUCUCGUCCAUGGACAUGGAUCUCAAGGACUAUGACUCUCGGACAGCUCUACAUGUGGCUGCAGCAGAAGGUCACAUCGAUGCUGUAGUGUUUCUGACUGAAACCUGUAAAGUGAAUCCGUUCGUAAAGGACAGGUGGGGGAACCUGCCGGUGGACGACGCCCUGCAGUUCGGACAUGACGAAGCCGUGAAGGUGCUGAAGGACUAUCAGCAGCGAACGCAGCACACUGGGGCCGAGCCCUCGCCCAAGCUGGGCACCAUCGAGGUCAUGGUGUGAUGGUGUGAGGGCCGUCAUGACAACUGUUGAUACGUAUUUGUGGAAUUGAGAGAGAAAUAUCGAUCGACCUGUGCCGAUCUAUUCCAUCUCUGUGAAUUAACUAUGCAAACUGGAGUUUACAACAGCUUUUUCUAACUUAUAACAGUACUUUUGACUGUUUCUGUUUCUAUUCUCUUAUUUGACUAUGUUGAAAACUGGAUUCUACAUGAUCCCAGUAAAACUCACGGGAGGUUCAUUGUAUAUGUUUUGUUGUUAAGCUGUAAAUACUUGUGCUGGACCCCUGAUACAAAAAUGAAUUAUUUUUGGUGUUUUAAUAUUUAUUCACAUCUUAACCUGACAUCACCAAAGAUAAUUUGUGUUGUAGAAUAUUUUGACAUUGAACACAUGCAUAAAACUAGUUUUUUAUUAGAUUAUAUUUCUUCUGCCGCCUGUAGUUUAACUUUUGUUUGAUUUCCUGAGGUUAUUCAAAGCACCGUGCAGGCAGCGAUUUGAAAUAUUAAGCAGCAUCCACUAGAUCACCUGAAUACAUGAGGAAGAAGCAGCGGGGGGGGGGGG